CGUAAGUACAUAGGAAGUAUUGAACUCGAAUAUUGCUCAAGAUGCAUGUGAAAUAUUGGAUAACGAACCGGUGACUGCCGUCGAAUUUCUGAGGAUGGGGCCACCUCCUGUGGUGACAGGGCUGUCACCCAAAGAGGGACCUCCAGGCACAAAGGUCACAGUUCGUGGGGAAAAUCUUGGCACAAGUCAGCAGGACUUAGUGUGUGUGCUGAUAGGAGAAUGGGACUGCUCCCUGACGGCUGAUUGGCACAGUGCCAACAAGAUCGUCAUCCUGUCGGGUACGUCACGGGGCUUCUGUGACGUCAUCAUCACAACCCGCUCGGGUGGCACCGGCUCGUGCACUGUGAAGUUCAAAGGCGUGGACCAGGUGGUGGGACAUCUGAAGGAGUCGGCCGUGUGGCUGAAAGACUUCGACUCAGAACGCGAGGAGAUCCUGCAGGAGCUCGUCUCCACGCACAACCUCGGUCAGGAAGACGUCCUCGGCAUCUCAAUGGAGGGAUACGAGGUCAAGUACCCGGAGGACGAGCUGGAGACGCUGUUCCCGAGCCGCUCCGGCAGCCUCUUCUCCGAGUCGUUCCACCCGGCCUGGUUCUUGUUGGAGAACCACCACCAGAGCGGCUACGAUGACCUGCGCGCCGGGCUGAGCUUCCUUCGGCGCAAGGUCAACGCCGAGAAGGAGGGUCAGCUCAGCUUCCUCAAGGACUACGCCGGCCUGGUGAUCGACCAGCUGGACGCCCUGUCGGAGAUGCGAGAGCUGUUUAAGCGGCACACGUCCGACCACGACCCCAUGGUCACCAUGGACCAGGCCAUUAACGCGAGCAAGGACGAGGCGGACAAGCUGUUCCAGGACGUGCUGCGGCGCAAGGACCGGGCCGACUCGACGCGCUCGGCACUGGCCGUGCUGCAGCGCUACCGCUUCCUCUUCUACCUCCCCGUCAGCAUCGAGCGCAACAUGCGCCGACGCGAGUUCGACGUCAUCAUCAACGACUACGCCAAAGCGCGCGGCCUAUUCGCGGAUACGGAAGUUCAGGUCUUCAAGCAGGUGAUGGCUGUCGUUGAGACGAAGAUAGCCAACCUCCGGGACAUCCUGAAGACGAAGCUCAAGGAAGUCAAUGGCUCUUUUGAGGAGCAGAAGCAGAUCAUUCGGUACCUGGUCAGCCUGGACACACCCGGAGACGUCGGCUGGGAGUGUAUCCUCUCGGAGCACGCCUUCAUCCGCGCCGUGCUCACCUCGUGUCGCGAGCAGUACGCCUCCCCUGGCGGCGGUGGCGGUGCGGCGACAGCCGGCGCCGGUUCUGGCGCCGCCGUCGACGCCCAGACGACGGCGCCGCCUAUCGUGCUGUUCAUUGAGGACGUGGCUGACCGGAUGACUGGGAAAUUCCCGGGACUCUUCAAACUGGGACAGUGCUACUUCCAAGGCGAGCUGUACAGCACACCCGAGUCGGCCCGCAAGCCAGACUUCAAGCGGCUGGUGAGCAGCGUGGUGGAGGUGUGGUGCGCCCUGGUGCGCGGCGCGCUGCUGCCCCACACGGCCGACUCGCCGGAGCUGGCCUGGAGCGACACUCUUCGCGAGCCCGUCUGGCUGCAGGCCUGCCUGCGAGAGGUCACCGCCACCUACGGUAGUCUGCAGCUGCUCGGCGUGGCGCCCGAGGCGCUCGACGAGGUCAGCCAGCUCGUGUUCGACCUCAGGAAGCACUGCCUGAUGACCAUGUUCCGGCGCACGAUGGAGGCCGUGCGUCAGCUUCCCGGCCGCGACGCCUGGACGCUGGAGCCCUCCCUGGACGCCAGCGGAUACGGCUGCACCCGGCUGCUGACCCAGUUCAUGACUUCGGUGACGGACGUGGUGGUCCAGGCCGAGGAGCAGGUGCUGACGGCCGGGCCGCAGGAGACGCCCCUCAUGCAGAACGAGACGGUCCGCAAGGACGUGGUCGUGCUCGUCUACAACCUGGUGGCGACCUUCGCGCAGGUGCUGGAGCGUCUGGCCUUCGAGGACGCCGAGUCCGAGGAGGGCUCGGGCUCCGAGGAUGGCGCGCCGGCCGUGGCCGAGGCGCCGAGCGUUGAGUACCGGCUGCUGGUGGUGCUCUCCAACUGCCACGUGCUGCGUGUCAGCCGCGCCCCCCAGCUGGCCGACGUGUUCACCUCGCACGGGUUCCCGGCGGCCGAGGUGCAACAAGGCCUGCAGAAGGUGACGGACGUGCUCUCCGACCUCGAGCAGAAGCUGUUCGAGGCGUACAUGGAGGAGAAGGCUGACCCCAUCCUCGGCAUAGUGGAGAUGAGCAUGUACCAGGGCCGGUUCGACUGGUCCCACGUGCUGAGGCCGCCCACGGACGUCCGCGGCUAUGUCAAGGAGGUUAUCAUGAACUGCAUCGGCGUCCACCACGAGGUGUACUCCGUGUCGCCGCUGCUGGUGCGCCGCGUGCUCUGUAACCUGGUGGAGGGCGUGGCGGAAGAGCUGAGCCGCCUGAUGACGUCAGUGGUGCGGAUGACGCCGGCCGGCGGACAGCAGGCCCGUCUUGACCUGGCCGCCCUGCAGGAGACGCUCCAACUGUACGUCACCGAGGCGGCCAGGCUAUCGUUCGUUGAGGCCUCGGAGUCGCUUCCCAACCAUCAGGACCCGGCCGGCGACAAGCGGCUGGUGGAGGAACUUUUGAAGAAGUUCCGCGCCAAUAUGAAGCUGCAAAUCAUGUGCUUCACCAAAGAGCCCAGUCUCGAGGACUUUCCGUCCGACUGAAACGGGGCGUUGUUAGAUAUCGGCCGGCCGUGGAACAUCAGCGCAUGGGCGGUCCUCUGCCCCGUGAACCAGAAAGUGGCAUUCCGUCAAGGUCGUGCAUGCGGGACCCACCCGCGGUGGUCGGGGGCUGUGAUUGGUCGGCCGGGUGAUGUCAGACGCGGCGUGAGCCAGUUGACGGCGUAGGCGGCGAUCACCAUAGCGAUGUGAUGUGAAGUUCGUCGCAGGGAUGGGUCGAUGGGCAGUGGUCGGCAGGCUCUUGCCGAACCGUUCGCGGUCAUAUGCAUGUUCUGCGUCACCAUUGGUUGAUCCGCGAUGAAAGCACUGAUUGGUGGAUGUGACCGCCCAGUAGUGGACUGUGGGCGGUGGCGGCCGAGCUAGAACUCUGGUACACUGUAUAAGGAGGAUGUAGUUGCUACGAGUGCUACUGGCAAUUUGUGUGUUGCCAGCUGACAUGAAUUUUCCUUUGGCACGCGUUUAUUUAUUUUGCAGCGUAUUUAUGUAUGGUCGUGUGACAAAGAUAUGUCUGUAAGAAAUCUGUACCAAGAAAUCCCAUUUUCAUAAGAUUAAGCGCAAGGCCCAACCCUCAAAAACGGCAAAAGGUAUAUGCCCAUAUGACUGGGACACUGGAAUGCCCAUUUCCAGCAAGAAGACGCGUUAUGCAUUUUUCCGAAGAUCAUUUUAUUGCUAUCUACAUUUAUAUAGAGCACAUAAUGCCACGCAGUUUAUCCUGUAGUAUUGGGGUGGCUUCGGCAGACCGUCGCGUAUUUGUAACGUUCCGUGUGUACGAGAACGGAAGGCGUGCGCAUUCAUGAUCUUUCGUGUACUCGUCGCGUUUUGAUGAGCUCCGCGCUGCGGAUUGGUCCGGUAGAGUGCAGUUACUAGGUACUUUUGAUAAUAUACCAAUUGACACCACCAGCGGCAAUCGUGUAGAAAAUCCAGUUCCAUAUCUCGCGUGUUGACGCUUGUGAACUGAAGUCUUCAAUCGAAAUUAGUAUAGCGUCGUCAGGCCAGACCAAAACAUUUCUGGGUCAGCGGAUGAUGGUACUCGG